CAAGAGACUUUUAUGGUACACCCUGAUAUCAGUUGUGCAGUUGUUUUUUGUACACACUCAAUAAUGACACACACACACACACACACACACACACGCACACACCCACACACAAAACAUUUAUACAAAGGAUUAGUGCUAUGAAAGUUGCAAAGUUGAGUAAAAUCACAAUUAAAACAUGUAAUGUGUUGCAACUCCUAGUGGAUGUCUAAAAGUGAAAAUACAAAUAAUUAUUUGCAGCUGAAUGCUUUUUGAGGUUUUACUUUUUUGUGCUAAUUUAAAAACUGUUUCCAGCUGCAUAUCAAAAGGUUAAUCUCCACAUGUCAGCUCCUGUUUUACCAAAACUCUUUGAUUGUUUGGAUUUUUCUUCAGUCAGAAAAUUAUCUGCUUCACAAAUCAGGGUCUACUUCCCUCCCCCCCAAUUUUCAAUUUUAUAAAGAUCCAAAGGGUUUUAAGAGGUUAUAAAGCAGGCUGCAGGCUGCUCAGUUUAGCACAUAGACUCUUGUUGCUGAACUAGUAGGCCAUAGAUUGUGAAAGAGAUGGUCACAACUCUAGACCAAGUCUCAAGUCUUUGAGAGGCAAGUCAAAGUCAGGUUGCAAGUAAAUGACUUGGACUUUGAGCCUGCUAACUUCUCCAGGUAUACCUCUCUUUUAGAAAAUUACCUGAAACCAUUAAAUCAUAAUUUAUUUCACACUUUCCAGGGUUCAAAGUAAUUUUAUUAAAAUAUCAGAGAAAGUUCCAGAGUGAGCAGAGAUUGAAGCAGAGUUGAAAGACUGACAGCUUCCAAAUCAAAACUAAAAAAAAACAAAGAAACAACCAAAAACAAGCCCAAUUCUCAAACUUAGGUUAAAAUUGAUUUGGGCCAAAACAAUUUCAUAGUGACACUUUAUUAUCUAAUAUAAUUUCAAAAUAAAAUAACUAAUAAAAUGAGAGUAAGAAUAUGACAUGUCAUUAAAUGUUAACGUUUUUUACUUUUCUGCCACUCAGUGAUAACUAUUUUGAUUUAAUUUUCUAUGGAUGCUUUCUAAAAACACGUCAAAUGCUGUGAAAAACAGCCCAAAUAUUAGCAACCAACCAAAAGCUGUUCUUUUCCCAGCCCAACGUGUUCAAAAGAAGCCCAAUUGGGGAGAAACUCGCCCAAUCUGGCAACACUUAUCCCUACUUGCCCCUCCCUUACCUGUGCCGUUGCACUUUUGAUGCCAUUGCCAACUACACUCCAGUCCGGUAGGUGGCAGUAAAUGCCCCUUCAGUUGGUUUGCCAACCGCCAGUAAAACUUAAAAGAAGAAGAAAAUGAGUCUGGCGGUUUCCUGGAACGUGGUGUGCAAAGCGGAGGAGCGCCAUCAAUUAUUGUAAUGAGGUAAUCAAAGUUCUUCUGAAAGAAACUUUGCAUGCUAAAAGUUUAGAGCAGCAAGUUUUAACCAGAGUACCGACAAGCUCAGCGAGCAAAAAUAGCUCUGCUAAUUAGCCGGCUAAUAUCAAAUUUCAGUGUUUCUCUAUAAGGCACAGAAUGCCAAAAAGCUCUGUUUUCCACAAUAAGUACAGUAACUAAAUGCUUAGACUACAUUCAAUAAAGUUUUAGUAGCUCAUGUCUAGAGUAGGAUUCUCAAACUUUAUCCCUCGACGGCUGGUGUCCUGGAACUAUUAGAUCCAUCCAAUGAACUUGAGUGAAAUGGCUAACCUACCUCCUCAGCAUGCAUUUAAGAUUAACAGAGUCCAGCUAAUGGAGUAGUUAUUUGAUUUGGGUGUGUUGUAGCAGAGAAAUGUCUAACAUUUCCAGGAACCUGGCCCUCUGGGGCCGGUGUUUGAGACCAGUUGUAGGUUUGCAACUUGCUAUGUAGGUUGCAAACAAAUAUUUUAGAACUGGUAGACUUAAUUUUUCCUAAAACAUUUUCAAUGUUAAAAUGACCAUUACUUAGAUAGAGGCAAAAUGUAAUCAAAUUUGUUUUUUAAAGUCAGGUGAAAACAAUUCUAUUGAAUUACCCAUAAUUUAAUCUAGGAGUUGUUCUCUAUUACACAGUGGGGAAAUAAACAUUCAACUCCCUCCUGAUUUGUAAGUUUGCUCACUCUCAAGAAAUAACCUCUCUCAUUUUUGAGAUAGUCAGAAUUUAAGUUAAAUUUUACAUGGCUUCAAAAUUACCCUGUUUUUGAGUGAAAUAAGCAUUUAAUACCCUACAGCUCAGUCUGAAUUACCUGCAUAUUGGUCAUGGGACGAUUACCAAAGCCCCGGAUCUCAACUCGUUGCACGCAUAAAGCAUGCGUGCCACAAAAUCAUAAUUUCUAAUAUCCACAUCUCUCUACAUUGACAGUCAAGAUCAAAGUUGUGUCGAAGCACGCGAGAGAUAAUACAUGCAUUUUAUGUACAUGGAAUUUGGAAAAGCAUGAAAACUUUGAGACCCUUGGUUUGACUCUGUAAAAGAUCUUGGAUUGAAGGUGAUCAAGACAAAGGUGAUGGAUCAGUCUACAAUUGCAAAGGAGGAGCGUCUUAACAAUCUCAGCACAAGUGGAACCACAGUUACCAAGAAUAUUGCUCUCUGGGCCUGAAGGCACCCAGCUGCUUCCUGAGGAAAUGCCCUCCUCGCUCUUCGUCCUCAAGAACUCCUCAGCAACAUCGCUUUGUUCCAAAUGGAGGUUGAUAGAGGCCAUCUGCUCUGUCAUAAGAGGACACCAGUCAGUGAACGUGACUGGAGGAAUAGCAAAGUAUAUUGGAUUGCUCCAGCAUUCACCGUAGUCACGCUGCGCAGGAUCCAUAUUCAGAGAAAGUCCAGCGGUGGAGUGGGGAAAUACCAGAGCAGCUUUCCUCUCCUCUGGUGCUGAGCAGCUGGAAGGAACCCAACUGGACCUGUUAAGUAAGACCUUCAAACUACCAGCAUCUCACCAUGAGCACAGACAAGCAUCCUGAAGUUACAUCCCCAGAGGAGGACAAGAUGGAAGCUUGCAGUGAGGCUGCAGAGGUGAACACGCAGGAGGAAGAAGAGCAGACGGAAGACGCCUCUGUCACUGUGAAUGGAAUGCACUCGGAUCCUGUCAUGGAUGCACGUGUGAUAAAAACCGAAGCUGAGGAGACGGACGAUACUGAGCAUGCAGUGAUUGUGCCCAAAGAGGAAGUGGAAGGAGACAGCGAGGACGGGAUGGAGGAAGGUGUUGACGAGGACAGGACAGAGGAGGACAACGACGAGCAGAGAGACGAGGAUGGCAUGAACGAGCCGCAGGACCUGUCACUGGUGGACUACUCGCGCUACGAAGUGGCGUCCCUGCCAGACGGCCAAACGACAGGUGCGUUGGAUGAGGCUGCAGACGGGGGCUACGCGCCCGGAUCCACCGCGGCCCGCAUUCCGACACAGGGGAAACUCAGCUGCGACAUCUGCGGUCUCUCCUGCAUCAGCAUUAAUGUGCUGCUAGUGCACAAGCGCAGCCACACUGGUGAAAGGCCAUUCCACUGCACUCAGUGUGGGGCCUCCUUCACCCAGAAGGGAAACCUGCUUCGCCACAUCAAACUGCACUCCGGAGAGAAGCCUUUCAAAUGCCCGAUGUGCAGCUACGCCUGCCGACGACGCGACGCUCUCAGCGGGCACCUGCGCACCCAUUCUGUAGAGAAGCCCUUCAAGUGCAACCACUGCAGUCGCAGCUACAAGCAGCGGAGCUCCCUCGACGAGCACAGAGAGAGGUGCCAUGUGUACAUUCAGAGCAAAGGUCCCGCCGAGAGAGCAGAGGACAGCCACACAGCCAGGUCUCAGAUGGGCUCAGAGCGCGCGCUGCUUCUCGACAGGCUCGCCAGCAACGUUGCCAAACGGAAAAGUUCAAUGCCACAGAAGUUCACUGGCGACAACGGGGUCUGCCUGGACCUGAGCUUUAACAGGGAGCUGCUCCACCGAUCUGACAUAAAGGAACCUCCACCAGGCUCACCAGGGCCAGAGGGCCAGCUGCAGACAGUCCUUGCAGGCCCAGAUGGCGACCCACCUCCCACCCACAGACCGUACCCCAUCCCGUUAAACCGCACCGAUAUCAACCCAAUCAGCCUCACCAAUGGCCACAAGAUGCCUCUUCUGGGCCUCCCUCAUGGAGCACAGCCGCCCCUCGGCAUGGACUCCUUCCACAACGACGCUUCCCAGAUGACCCAGCCCGUCAUGUACAGCUUGGGUCACCUGCUGGGGGGGAUCAAUCACCAGAACGGCGUCCCACACCCACACAGCCAGCCCAUUCCACUGACGCCCCUCGAGGCCCUGCGGGUCAUGCGGGCGGACGGAGAGUCCGGGGCACCGCCCGGAGCGGUGUACCCCUGCGGCCACUGCAGGGUGCUCUUCCUGGACUACGUCAUGUACACCAUCCACAUGGGAUGCCACGGCUUCCGCGAUCCGCUCGAAUGCAACGUUUGUGGCCACCGCAGCCGGGACCGUUACGAGUUCUCCUCCCACAUAGCCCGCGGCGAGCACCGCCUAGAACUCAAGUAGACUGCAUUCAUGCACACAAACAGUCACCACCAUGGAGACAGACAACGAUUUAGUCAUAUAAGUAGCUGGUAGUAUUAGAAAUGAAAGCAUAAAGUAGCGGCUCUGUCUGUCCUUGGCGUUUGUUAAAGUGUGUGUGAGUAUAGAUGUCGUGGGAGUGUGGCGGCUGUUCUUAGUCAUCCAUCUGAAAAGAUGGCCUGUAAAGAGUUAUCGCAGGAGUAUUUCUACUCCUCAGCAUGCAUAUAUUUGUAAGUAACGGGGUUGUCUGUUUGCAUAAAGCCACGUGUUUCACUCACACAAAGCAGCAGAAAGUACUGUUUUUAUGCUGUACCUACUGUUUAAUUUGUCUGUAUAAAGAUGUAAAAAAAAUAAAAGAGCAGUUCACACACAAGCUGCAGAGUGUUUAGAGA